UGUUUACAAGUCGUUGCCAUGGUUUUUAAAAAUACUCAAAGAAUGGUAACGCAGUUAAAUAUUGCAAAUUAAAAUGUCUCUAUUCAAAGUGAAACAGUGGUGGUCGAACACGACCAAUACGGAAAAUUAUAAAGACAGACAAAACUUUAGUUGUAUGAAAGUGGAUAAAUUCAGUUCACAUAAUGAUAGCGAUUGUAUUCUAUUGGGGGAAGGUAAUUUGUUACAAUUGUUCAAACCGAGUCUAGGUCAAGAUGCUUUACUUCUGGAGACUGAAUUAUCGGAUAUUAUUCUACAAAUUGAAACUGGAAAAUUUAUAGGGUUAUCUGGAGAUCGAGAAAUCAUAGUUCUACAUUCACAAAGCUAUGUGAUAUACGAACUUCAUAGAAAAGAAGGAUUAACAGAUGCAGGUGAACAAAACAAUAUGACGGCUGUAAUAAAACAUGCCUUCAAGAGACGGGCAUGUAAUCUGACUGUUGGACCGUUUGGCAGUUCUAAAGCCAGAGAUCUAAUCUGUGUACAAUCUCUAGAUGGUACAUUCAGUUUUUUCGACCAAGAUACUUUCCUCUUCAUGUGUAUAUUUAACGAUAUUUUGAUACCCGGGCCAGUUGCUUACGUCAUGAGUAGCGAUAUGUUUGUGAUUUGUAAAUCAACUUGGGCAUUGGAGAUUUACAGUUAUCAGCAACUUCGAGAAUCUAGCGAAUUGAGUUUACGACAAAACAAAGCAAAUAUUCCCCAAUGGUCUUACAACGCCGGUGAAGAAAUAUCCGCUGUUCAAGUUGUUCGGACGAGUAGUAACUUCUCAAGCAUCAUUGCGCUGGGAGAAAGACAUCUCUAUUGCUUCCAGGAUAACGGUUUGAUGAAGGAACUUAUCAGAUUUGAUUAUACACCAAUUUGUUUCCAUUCUUAUUUAAUUGGCUGGUACUAUGAACCUGGGGCACGUCUUCUAGUGAUGGUUGCAUCAGAUGAUUCUAAACUAUACAUCUAUGAAGGAACUAAAUUAUUAUGGGCGUGUGAUCUUAUGAUAAAAGCUGUAUCUUUAUGUAGAUGUUUUAUAAACUCUCUGCCCGGCGGCGUUGUUACUCUGUCCCGCGAUGGAGUAAUAUCUGUUAAUUAUUUAGGAACCGAGCCUAAUUUAAAUCCGAAUGUCAAUAUUGUCAAUGAAAUUGUAAGCCCAGUGGAAGUACAAAGAGAACUAGAAUCAGUGGAAGAAGCCCUUAAAUUAAUUAUAUCUGAUGAUAAAGAAAGCGUUGAAGAUGUAUCUUAUAUAGAAAAAACUAUAAGCAUAAAGACGGAUAUGGGAAAACCUAUCGAAAAUUAUUACGAAAAUAACAGAUAUGAGAGCGAUAAAAGUUUACAGUUAAUAAAAUGCCCUUUAAUUAUCACAUUAAUUUGUAAAGAGCCUGAAUUAAUUCAGAAUAUACAAGUUACGUAUAUAUGUAGCUCUCCAUUUAUUGUUUCUGACAAUGGUAAAUAUAUCGAUGAUGUCAAUGUUACACAGAUAAUAAAAACUGACAUUCUAAUGUCAAACAAUUAUGACUUAUCAAAUACCAACAUAAAAAUAUUAUUUACUGUAAUCGAUCGUACGGGGAAAAUAAUUAUUAUCAACAGAAGUAUUAUGUUACCUCUGAAAUUUUACUGCUCUGUAGGAGAAUUAAAUUUGGAAAAUCAAAUUAAAUUGAACAUUCACGUAAAUGAGGCAUGUUUGGAUUUGAGAAAUAUAUUUACAGAUGUUACAAAAGAAGAAUUAAGUAAUUUUGAAGACACCGUUAAUAAUAUAACAUUUAAAUAUAAAACGACGGACACAACUGUUACUGUUUCUAGUAACGACCAAGAAUAUUCGAUAGAAUCGGUUGAUUUUCCCGAGAUUUCACCCAUGUUAGAUCAUUUCCUUAAUAAACUAAACGAUUAUUAUAUUCAAACAAAUAUUGGAGUGCGCAUAACAGUCAAACCGAGCAAGGAAUUUAUCUCGCAAAUGAUACAUAGGUUUUUAAAAAGUAUUGAAACUCACUCUAAGGAAAGAAUGAAAUUAAAGAAAAUACAAGAUGAGUUGGAUGUCUUACAAAGACAGUUCACUGCGGUUCAGAAGAGAUUACUGGUGCAGUACGGCUCCCUGCCCCCCGCGCACUGCGACACACUAGAAUUUCUAAUGAAAGAUACACACCAACGGAUAAUAAAUAUUGUCUACGAAAUUAUUCAAAACAGGAAUGUGGUGUGCAGAGCGGGCAACACUCUCGCUGCUGUAGGACGACUGAUCAUUUGCGUAUUAAGAAAUACAUCUACUGAUAUGUUAAAAGUCGUCCUUAUUGAAGAAAUGCUAUCACUGGAUUUGCUGCAUGAUGAUUGCCAGGAAUGGGAAGAAGCUAUAAGUAAAGUUUCAUCUUUUGUAUGCAACAAAUUAUUCAAAAAUUCAGAGAAGGAUAAAGAGAAAUUAACGCCGGUUACUGAACAAGAUACUCUGUCUCAUAUCAACUUGAAGAGAUUACUCAAACAAUUAAAAAUAAUUUUGGAAAAAGUAUUCGAUGAAAUAAACGAAGGUACACAAGGAAACGUCCGAACAGAAGAAUUAGUUGAAAUAAUAUAAUUAAAAUGAUAAUUACGUGUUUAUUUUUAUAAAUAGCUAUUUAUUAUUAAUAAACAAGUUCAAGUACAAUUUUUUUUAUUUAAAAUUUAGACAUCCUUUUACAUAUCAAACAUACCUCGAUCCUUUUCUUUACUUCUUACAUUUACAUACAUACUGAACUUUUUUAAACCAUUAAGUCUUUGACAAAAA